GGUCUUCCGUACUAGUCAAACGCAGCAGGACCGAGCCCACACGUAGCUUAUGAGAACAGUUUCGGUAAUGACAGAUAAAAUUACAUUUUGUGAUCGGUUUUGAGAAUUAGCUUCCAAGUACAUUUUAUUCAACUCGCUUGUCUUUUUGAUUUCAUGUUUUACAGUGGUCCAUCUCUGGUAUUAUUGCCAGCCUAUUGCGGUUCUCCAGAUAGUCAUAGUAAACUGCACCCUUCGCUCUAGUCAAUUGCAUGAAAAAUGACUGGAGAGAAGAUUCGCUCCUUGCGCAAGGACCAUAAACCAAGCAAAGAAGAGGAUUUACUGGAACCGGACGAAGAGGCUGCAACUGGUGCAUUUGCUUCAACCAAGACUAACAAUAAAGGCAAACCUAGUAAAAUCGUAAUCAACCACAAGUUGAUUAAAUCGCCAUCAACACAGCAGCAACAAAACCAGCAGUCGCAGAUAAAUGCAAACACUCAUUUAUUAUCAACGGCGGACGUUAUCGAUGAUAACAACAAAAACCCUAUCAUCCGAAAUAGCUUGGACUUUCCUGUCCAUGAAUGUGUCUUCAAAGGAGACGUUCGUCGAUUAUCCUCGCUCAUUCGAACUCAGAAUAUCGCCCAGAAAGAUAUCCAUGGAAACACACCUCUGCAUCUUGCUGUCAUGAUGGGCCACAAAGAGUGCGCCCAUUUGCUGCUAGCCCACAAUGCACCAGUGAAGGUAAAGAACGCCCAUGGAUGGAGUCCCCUCGCUGAGGCCAUCAGCUACGGAGAACGACAGAUGAUCACAGCGUUGCUGAGAAAACUGAAACAGCAGUCUAGGGAGACCGUGGAGGACAAAAGGCCUCGGCUUCUGACCGCCCUCAAAGAGUUGGGGGACUUUUACUUGGAGUUUCACUGGGACUUUCAAAGUUGGGUACCAUUGCUGUCCCGGAUCCUGCCUUCAGACGCAUGCAAGAUCUACAAGCAAGGUAUCAACAUAAGACUGGACACAACCCUGAUAGACUUCACUGACAUGAAGUGCCAACGUGGGGAUCUCAGCUUUAUCUUCAAUGGCGACGCCCUCCCCUCAGAGUCCUUCGUGGUGCUGGACAACGAACAGAAGGUGUACCAGCGUAUACACCACGAAGAGUCUGAGGUGGAGACCGAGGAGGAGGUGGACAUCCUGAUGAGCAGCGACGUCUAUUCUGCCACCCUCUCCACCAAGUCCAUAACCUUCUCCCGAGCCCAGACGGGCUGGCUGUUCAGGGAGGACAAGACGGAGCGUGUGGGACAUUUUCUGGCAGACUUCUACUCGGUGAACGGCCUUGUGCUGGAGUCGCGAAAGCGCAGAGAGCACCUCAGCGAAGAGGACAUUCUGAGGAACAAAGCCAUCAUGGAGAACCUGAGCAAAGGAGGAACCCUCAUCGAGCAGAACUUUGAGCCUGUGAGGAGACAGUCUCUUACUGCCCCUUUACCCAACACCAUCUCCUGGGAUGAAUACAUCACGGCAGAGCACGGAAAAGCACCUCAUCUGGGAAGAGAGCCGGUAUGCAAAGAGAGCAGGAAGAACUUCAAAGCGACUGUAGCCAUGAGUCAAGACUUUCCUUUGGAUAUAGAAUCGUUAUUAAACGUUCUGGAGGUGAUAGCACCGUUCAAGCACUUUAAUAAACUCAGGGAGUUUGUUCAGAUGAAGCUACCCCCUGGGUUUCCUGUUAAACUAGACAUCCCCGUCUUUCCAACCAUUACGGCCACAGUGACUUUUCAAGAGUUCCACUAUGACGAGUUUGAAUUGUGCAUCUUCAGCAUCCCCAACGAGUACAAAGAAGACCCCAGCCGUUUCCCGGACCUUUAACCCCCCCGUGGCAAGCUUACCCACAUACAGCGUUGAAGUUACAUUUUCAUACAAAGUAAUUGGACAGGGGUUGCGAUGCAUUUUUGAAAGGAAGAUAAGACAACUUAUUCACUUUAAAAACGAUGUAAGUAUGCAGCAUAUGUUCUGUUCAUAUAGAGGAUCACAUAGUUGACCUGUUGAAAAGCACUGAAUUUACUGUUCGUGUGAACUAACAUCACUGAACACCAGUGCACUGUUUUGAAGCACUAUGUCCUGUCAGUACUGAAUUUUCCUGGGCAGCGUUUGGAAAAAAUGUGGUCGUAAGUAUUGCAUCUGCAAUACAUCGUCAUGGGUGCAAUGAUGAACAUGCUCAUGUAAAAAAAAAAACAUAGCAUUUUUUGGGUUGUUACGUUUGACUGACAGCAA